AUGCUGCAAAAGAUUAAACGUCUGUUUCGUCGGAGCGUUCGGGCCUUGAGUAGAACCGCCGAGACGGUGCCUUCGGGCAACAAAGAUAACCUGCCCUCGGGAAACAAAGAACCCUCGCCCCCAGUCAACAAAGAACACACCCCCCAGGCCACCCAAAGAUUGGGCCAACCGCCGUUGAGCUCCCAUUACAUCGAGAGAUGA